AUGGCGCAGGCGGAACUGCCCGGGAUGUUUGGCGACUCCGCCCCGGAAAAGGGGGGCGCGGGCGGGCCGUGGAUGCCAGCGCCCCACCUCCUGGCCCGCCCUUUAGGGCGCUGUGUCCCAAUUGCAAAACGGAACCGCGGGCCGGUGCUGGCCGCCCUGUGUGUGCUUCUGGGGCUGGUCCCGGUCACAGCGGGCGACGCCGUCAGGCCCAAUGUCCUCCUGAUCAUGGCGGACGAUCUGGGCAUCGGGGACCUGGGCUGCUACGGGAACAGCACGCUGAGGACGCCCAACAUCGACCGGCUGGCGGCAGAAGGCGUGAGGCUCACCCAGCACCUGGCGGCCGCCCCCCUCUGCACCCCGAGCCGAGCGGCUUUCCUGACGGGGAGACACGCUCUCCGAUCAGGCAUGGAAGCCAGCGACGGAUACCGGGCCCUUCAGUGGAACGGGGGCUCCGGGGGGCUCCCCGAGAACGAAACCACCUUCGCGAGGAUCCUGCAACAGCGGGGUUACGCCACCGGCCUCAUAGGUACUCACUCCUGUCGUGGUGACAGGUCGCCAGAGGAAGGGAGAGGGAACUCAUGUCCCCGGGGGGCGGUCCUGGGGGCGGCCGGCCUCCUGGUUCUGUUCUUCGGGUCCUGGUACGCCAGCUUUGGGUUCGUGAGGCGCUGGAACUGCCUGCUGAUGAGAAACGGCGAUGUCGUCGAGCAGCCCAUGGUUCUGGAAAAAACCGCCGGUCGCCUGCUGGAGGAAGCCGUGUCCUACAUCGAGAGAAAUAAGCACCGGCCGUUCCUACUCUUUGUCUCCUUGCUCCACGUACACAUUCCCCUGGUCACCGGGAGAGAAUUUCUCGGGAGGAGCCGGCACGGCUUGUACGGCGACAACGUCGAGGAGAUGGACUGGCUUGUAGGCAAAAUCCUCGAGGCCCUGGAAGAAAAUGGGUUGAAAAACACCACCUUCACCUACUUCACCUCUGACCACGGGGGGCAUCUGGAGGCCAGAGACCAGGCGCUGGGCCAGCUGGGCGGGUGGAACGGCGUCUACAGAGGUGGCAAAGGCAUGGGAGGCUGGGAAGGCGGGAUCCGGGUCCCGGUGAUUGAUGGCCGUAGCCUGGUGCCCUUGCUUCUAGGAGCUGCCGAGCACUCGGCACACGAGUUCCUGUUCCAUUAUUGCGGGAGGCACCUCCACGCCGCACGCUGGCACGACAGGGACAGUGGCCGACUGUGGAAGGUCCACUACAUGACACCCAGGUUCCACCCCGAGGGUGCGGGCGCCUGCUACGGCCACGGCGUGUGCCCCUGCUCGGGGGACGGCGUGACCCAGCACAGCCCUCCUCUGCUGUUCGACCUCUCCAGCGACCCCUCGGAAGCGCGGCCCCUGUCCCCCGACUCCGAGCCCCUGUUCCACACGGUGGUCGCCAGGGUGGGCGCGGCCGUGGAGGAGCACAGAGCCACCCUGACCCCCGUACCCCCACAGUUCUCCCUGAGCCACAUCCUCUGGAAGCCGUGGCUGCAGCCCUGCUGUGGGACCUUCCCCUUCUGCUCCUGCACCCAGGACGGAGGCCCCAGCGAGAGGUGACUGCCGCCGCCCCAGCCGGUGAGGCUCAGGGGUUGAGCGUCGACCUAGGAACCAGGAGGUCACUGGUUCGAUUC